GGCAAUUAAUAGGAUUGAAUCCAAGACGUAUCCUCAUGAUCUGCGACCUUCCAAGGACAGCGACUGCAAGGCAAACCUUUGACUUCAUCGAAGCUUUAAUACUACUUGAUUAGUGGUUUAUAAGUGUCAAUUUAUUUCCAGUUAACAAACCUACCCAAUCCCCGUCAUGCUUCCUUGGUCUACGGGUCGCGUUUGCAACUUUUCCCGAUCUGUUCUCAUCUGAAUUGAAUGUACUCAAGCGCUAUCACUACCCUUGAAGUACUUUUGUGUAGCUUUGUGGUUUCUUGAGCUUUAACCGCCUCUGCAAUGAUCCCUGGGGUGUAUCCGUUUUUUGCACUACCUGGAGAUGUUUCAACCCAAGGAGUUCAAGCGCAGACGACCGAUGGUUCCGGCCCUUCUUACCCAGCAUCAUUGGUUCAACAAGCUCUUUUGCAAGAGGCUCUUCGGGGGGUUGGCCUUAACCCGGUAGUCUCUCUGUUUUGCAACCCCAACAUCGGGUGUCCUGUUCCUCUUAAUCUCCUCCCUGGCGGUGUGCAGUUUUCUUCUCUUAAUUCGUCAUAUCCUAUCAAUCCCCUAAUUUUCUAUCCAACACCCGGCCAAGUCUCUUUCCCCAUCGGCGCCACGAGUGAGGCAGUACGUGGCGAACCUGACGCCCACACUAUCGUCCGUGCUCCAGUUUUGUACAAGACAGCGACCAAUGGGGUCGGUGCCGAUCAGCGCAGAUCCGAGGAUGGUUCCAAAUCGACCGAACAAAGUCCGCCCGAUCGAAUAGUGGCCUCGUACGCUGCAGCUGCGCAUGCUGCCGCCUUGGUCAAUCAUCAGCCGGUUUCAAAAGCAGCGGAAAACUUUCUGUCCGCCUCAUCAAUCCCUCGCACUAGACAUGCGAAGCGGUCCAGGGCCCAUGCUACGAAUGGCCUUGGUCGCUUCAACUCGUCCGAGACUUCCGUCCCUCCGCGUAGUGAUGUACAAUUGUCUUUACCUUCAUCCUCACUCACGUCCUCUGCGGUGAGUACAACGACUGAAAGACGGGCUGGGUGGGCACGUAUCGUUGACCAAAAGGCUGGUACGGUGGAAUACAUUACCCCUAACGGUGUCCGCUUGCACAAUCGGACCGAGGUUUUCGACUACUUUCGGACAACUUAUCCCAGCUUUGCGGAUGGGAAGCAAUACGAGGAAUUAACCGCAAUGUGCUUUAAUUUUGAACCCACAGCCGAUGUUCCGCUGAUUUCUGACGAACUACAUAGGCUCUCUAAUCCCUCCCUAUCUCAUAUCGGGUUUUCAAACACUGUCACUUCUCCUACGGCCGACGGAAGCGCGCCGGAUACUCCAGCUUCAAAGGACUCUAGCUCCACAAUUUGUCGUAUCUCGUUUAACCCAAAUCACACUUUGAACGACAAUCUGAGUCCCAUGAAACGAGCGAAACUUUCCGCACCGGAUUCAUCAAUCGGUAGCCCCCAGUCCUCUUCUGCCAUUGAUCCACCCCUUGGGUCCUCUGAAACAGUGAAUCAGGUCACUUCCCAGGCUGGCUGUAUGCGGGAGCAUGCCGAAUUCGACAACCCAACCACUUGUUCGGGAAACUCAAACGAUACUUCGGUUCCAUGUGUCGUCACAACGCAUCCAAAUGUCUUGGAUUCAAGCCAGAGUCAUGUUGAACCUCAGACCAAUGAUGUUACCCGAACCGCGUUUGCUCCCGGUGACGUCACUUCUUCGUCUACUGUAACAUCCAACGAAGUGCCCAAUGAGGAAUCAGUUGCCAAAAUGACCACGGAAACUCUGACCACCGGUUCAACAGCAUCCUAUGGUCUUCCCGUGAUACCUUCAGUUGUCCCACCAUCCGAUGCUCGGAGUGCAAUGGAAAGCGAUGUGGGAUUGUCAUCCCUCUCCGGACUGAAGUCAGACGCUGCCACCGCUCUUCAACUCACUGGUGGAAUACCCAGCAACGCGGCCAACGAAUUGGCCAUACUUAAUCAGCUAAUCGCCAAUUCUCGUUUGGCGGAAGUUCAGCUGCAGCAACAACAGGUAGCCGCUCUCCUCACUGCCUUGUCCUCACAAUCGGCUCACCAUAACUUGUGCACCACCUUACCCUCGAUUCCUUUGUUGAGCGGUCCACAGCACACAACUCCACUGUUACUCGCAUCUCAGCCUCUCUGGAUGACGCCUGCUGUCACAGCUAACUCCUCUUGGUCUGAGGUGGCAUCUGCCACUUCACCCAUAUCUCCAGUCACAUUGCAGCAGCAAAUGAUUGCAGCGGCAGCGGCCCAACAGCAACAGCUAGCUUUGGCUGCUCUGCUUCAGCGUCAACAAUCGGCCAAUCAACAACACUUUCUAAACUCUGCUGCACAAGUUCAGAAUUAUCUGAAUGCAUUCCAGCGCCACCUCUUCGAUGGAUCGCAUCAGUGAUGCUUUGGUCUUUCUGCUCAUCGUUCGGAAUCUGUCGCCAGCUCCUCCCGGUUUCUUUGUUUGCUCAUCUUUUAGGUAUUUACUAGUUAUCCUGUUUGGGUCACAACAGGGGGUUAUGCAAAUCAGUCUGCCUGUCGCGUCUUUGCAUUAGUGUACAAUCGUGGUUGUUCCCUUUGGAAUAGGCAUUUACUGUUCACAUUUUGCACGUGUGUUCACCUGUCCACCGUUCACAAUAUCAGACUUAACGCGAAUUCCUCCUUUGUCCUCUUGGAUUCAGUACUGUAGUGUGAUUAACCCACAACCGUCCAGCACCCUAUUGCUCCAGCCACGCUGGGCUCUCAUUCCAACAUUGACCUUGUUCAUUUACCGCGCUCGUCUGUUUGUGCUUUUCAUCUUUUACUUCCAUCAUCAGAUGGCAUGUCAUGCUUGUUACUUUGUAGUAUUUUUCUCUCCAGGUUGGUUGGUAUUUGUGGCCUUACGGAACGUCAUUCUUGUCCACAUGUCCAUUUGGUUCCUUGUAAAGCUCGCCACUGGUUGUGUGCACGGUUCAGUUUGUUCUACGCGUGUUGUACAUUGUUCUUGAAUAAGGAUGAUUGUAUUACUAUUUCACACGCAUCAUUCGGUACUUCAGCCAGAUGCACAUGGGACUAGGCGUGCUAAAUGCUCCAUCCGUUGCCAUUGUUUUCUGUUAUGGAAGACAGUUUCAGCACUGGUGACAUACCACCUCAGCGACUAUCCCAAGACUUCUGUCUGUUUGUAGAAAAUAGCUGAGGAAUCAUGCUUGGAUUGAAUCCCUAGUGGUGGAGAGUUUCGGUGUGUCAGCAGUUGUCCAUGCGCGUCCAGUUUUUCUUUUGGUUUUGACAGGCUUUUUUCUCAGCCUGGCGGUUGGUUUUUGUGCCUCAGCGAAAUGAUGCUGUCUGAAUAGUAUUGCCGCCAUUUUCCAUAUGUUCUUCACAUAAGGCAGAAAGACCCGUCACUGUCGUUGGUGUAUACUGUUUGUCUAACUUGCUGUGAUUCAGACACCUACAGAUGAAGCUUCGCGGGUAUCCAAUGACUUAGUAACAUCUAAAUAGAUGAUUUCCUUACGUGGUACUACAGUGUGUUUGCAGUCCGCGAAAUAGUGUCCGCACACAGUUCACUUUGUGGCAGUGUGGGUGGUUGUUGUUAAAAUUCAGAAUUUGGUCUGUAUAUGUCCCUUUCUUGAGACCGAUGUUUGUAGCCCCCCUUCCAUGGUUCUUGUUAUGAAUACGUCCAGGAAAGAUAGUUGGCUUUCACUCUCCAGUUCCAUUGUCAACUGGAUGCUCUCCAUGGUCAUCAUCAUUAUACACGUUAGAAAGAGGUUAAAAGAACCCAGCUACUGUGCCGUAAUACAU